GCGGGCAGCGGGCGCAGCAGCAGCCGCCGCCGCCCCGGGGCUCCUCGGCCGACCCUCCGGCCGCCGCCGCCGCGCUUGGCUUGCUCCCGCUGGGGUCCCGACCCGAGACCCGGUGGCGCUCGCUCUCCCCGGCCGCGCGGCCCGGCGGCAUGGAGCCCGGCACGGCGCGGGAGGGCAGCGCGCGGCACGGGGACGGCAGGAAGAAGAUGGCGGCGGCCGUGGCGGCGGCGGCGGCGGCGGCCGCCUCCUCUCACGCGCCGGUGACGCCAAUGGCGCGCGCCGGCCGGCGGGCCGCGGAUGGCGGCGGCGGCGGCGGCGGCGGCCCGGGCUCCGCUGAGGGGCGGGGCGAGGCGGGAAGGGGGCCGGCCGGAGGAGGAGGCCGGGCCGGCGCCUGGAGGGAGGCGGUGGGGACGGUUUGCUGUGCUCGGAACAUGGCGGGCGUCGGCGACGCGGCCGCCCCGAGAGAAGGCGGCGCGGACGGCACCGAGCGGGAUGGCCGCGCUGAGGCGGAGCAGCUGGGCGGCGGCGGCGGUCACGGGCCCCCGCCGGCGCCUCAGCACACGGAGACGCUGGGCUUCUACGAGAGCGACCGGCGGCGGGAGCGGCGCCGCAGCCGCGCAGAGCUUUCACUGCUCAGGUUCCUCAGUGCUGAACUAACCAGAGGGUACUUCCUUGAACAUAAUGAGGCCAAGUAUACAGAAAGAAGAGAAAGAGUGUACACGUGUAUGCGAAUACCAAGAGAAUUGGAAAAGCUCAUGGUUUUUGGAAUCUUCCUGUGCCUGGACGCGUUUCUCUACGUGUUCACCCUGCUUCCUGUCAGAGUCCUCCUGGCCCUGUUCAGGCUCUUCACCCUGCCUUGCUAUGGCCUCAGGGACAGACGUGUGCUGCAGCCCGCCCAGGUGUGUGACGUCCUGAAGGGGGUCAUCUUGGUCAUCUGCUAUUUCAUGAUGCACUACGUGGACUACUCCAUGAUGUAUCACCUGAUCCGGGGGCAGUCGGUCAUCAAGCUGUACAUCAUCUACAACAUGCUCGAGGUAGCAGACCGCCUGUUUUCCUCAUUUGGGCAAGAUAUAUUAGACGCUCUGUACUGGACAGCGACAGAGCCCAAGGAGCGGAGGAGGGCGCACAUCGGGGUGGCCCCCCACUUCUUCAUGGCGGUCCUCUAUGUCUUUUUGCAUGCCAUCCUUAUAAUGGUUCAAGCAACCACCCUCAACGUGGCUUUUAACUCACACAACAAGUCCCUGCUGACUAUCAUGAUGUCUAAUAACUUUGUCGAAAUUAAAGGAAGUGUUUUCAAGAAGUUCGAAAAGAACAAUCUUUUUCAAAUGUCAAAUAGCGAUAUUAAGGAACGAUUCACAAAUUAUGUGCUUUUGCUAAUAGUAUGUCUGAGAAACAUGGAGCAGUUUUCUUGGAAUCCAGAUCAUCUCUGGGUGUUAUUUCCAGAUGUCUGUAUGGUGGUCGCAUCAGAAAUUGCUGUGGAUAUUGUAAAACAUGCUUUUAUCACAAAGUUCAAUGACAUCACGGCAGAUGUUUACAGUGAAUAUAGAGCCAGCCUUGCUUUUGACCUUGUUAGCAGUCGACAGAAAAAUGCGUGUACCGACUACAGUGACUCGGUGGCCCGGAGGAUGGGGUUCAUCCCGCUCCCACUGGCUGUUUUACUCAUCAGAGUGGUGACAAGUUCAAUUAAGGUGCAAGGAAUCCUGUCUUAUGCCUGCGUUGUCCUCUUCUAUUUGGGGUUGAUCUCCCUGAAAGUCCUGAACAGCAUUGUCCUGCUGGGGAAAUCCUGCCAGUACGUGAAGGAAGCCAAAAUGGAAGAUAAGUUGUUUAACCCUCCCCCGGCCAGCGCUCCCGGCAAACCGUCCAGUAAAUCACAAAACAAGUGUAAACCCUCCCAAGAAGAAACCCUGUCUGCCUCAGUCACCAGCCAGCCCACUCAUCAGAAGGAAAAUGCGAUCCCGCUGCUUGUGACGAGCAGCUCUGAUCAGCUUCUGACCACCCCGGAUGGCGACGAGAAGGACAUAACACAGGAGAACUCGGAACUGAAACACAGGUCCUCAAAGAAAGAUCUGUUAGAGGUAGACAGGUUCACAAUUUGUGGAAACCGAAUUGACUGAAUUCCGGAGCUCCGGGUGCCAAAGACGCAGUCCCGGGGCCCCAGAUGCGGUGCCCCUUGGACGGACAGAUGCUGAAAACGGCACUUAAAUAUUUAUUUAAGAACUUAACUUAUUGACGGAAAGCAAAUCUUAGUGUCCUUCUUCUGGUGACAUGGUCUGGCUGAAAGUCAGGUCACACGGGGCAGCCAGCAGUGACCUCCAGCCUCAAGCCCUUGGACAGAUGGAUGGCUCAGGAAGGGUCCCUCCUGCUUGGGGAAGCCGCAGAGUCACCUUGGGCCCCGCGGGAGUGACCCCACCACCCCCUCUGCUCCGUCACUCUGUGCUUCCAGAGGGUGGGAUUCCACCUCGAGUCUUCCUCGGCGUCAGGAUGCGCUGGAGACGGUGGAGUUCUCACAUGACGCUCCCAUUUCCAGCCUCAUUCUGUUCCCACAGUUUUCAAACUUCAUCUGCCAAAGCAUUAAAAAAAAAAAAAGAAAACGAUAAUUAAACUUAAGAUAAAUGUUCUUACCACCAGAAUACUCUUCGAAGAUGUAUCUGAAUUAAUCAGAAUAAAAAGCUACCUUAAAUGAGA